UGACUAUCACAUGACCAGUACAUUUAAGACACAAAGCAUUGGUGUUGUUCUUCACAUAUCAAGGUACAUGAACGCGAAAACUAUGCGGAUUGCUGCUUUUGUCCUGUGCUUUAUUUGGCUCGUCAAUGGAGAGCUGCUUGAAGCUGACCAAGAUGCUUCCGUGCCUGAGGACUGGGUCCUGGUUGAACGGGCUGCACCUUUGGAGGAAGUGGAACUUACCUUUGCACUGAAGCAGCAGAAUAUUAACCAGAUGAAAGAAUUACUGAAACUAGUGUCGGACCCAGAGUCACAUCAAUAUGGGAAGUAUCUGAGUUUGGAAGAAGUAGCUGAUCUCGUGCAGCCAUCCCAGCUGACCGAGAAAGUAGUGCAGAGUUGGCUUCAGGGUCAUGGUGUCAAAAACUGUCACACAGUCUUAACACGUGACUUCCUUCAGUGUGCCAUGACUGUGCAGGUGGCUGAAGCAUUACUCCCUGGUGCUAAAUUUCACCGCUACAUAAGAGAUUCACACACUCUGUUGAGGUCAACAUCUCUAUACUCCGUUCAUGAAGAUGUGCAUCAGCAUUUAGACUUUGUGGGAGGUGUUCACCGUUUUCCUCCGAAAGGAAAGGAUAUCAGUAAAGGCUGGGAAGGAGCAAGACCGUCACGAAGCUGUCAUUUGGGUGUCACCCCCUCAGUCAUCAGAAGUCGCUACAACCUUACCGCAAAGGAUGUGGGGACUGCCUCUAACAACAGUCAGGCAGUGGCGCAGUUCUUGGAGCAGUACUACCACCCUGCUGACCUGGCUGAGUUUAUGACUCUGUUUGCUGGAGCAUUCACACACAUGUCAGCUGUAGAGCGGGUUGUGGGCACUCAGGGUGGUGGGAAAGCCGGCAUCGAGGCCAGUCUGGAUGUGGAGUACAUCAUGAGCAGUGGAGCAAACAUUUCUACCUGGGUCUUCACAAAUCCUGGUCGUCAUGAGUCUCAGGAGCCGUUCCUUCAGUGGAUGCUGCUGCUCAGCAACAUGUCUGCAGUUCCUUGGGUCCACACUAUCAGCUAUGGAGAUGAUGAGGACAGCCUUUCAGAUGCCUAUAUGAACCGCAUCAACAUUGAGUUCAUGAAAGCUGGCCUCAGAGGGAUUUCCAUGCUCUUUGCUUCCGGUGACAGUGGAGCAGGUUGUAGACACUUGACCAAGGAAAGAAAUACUUUUAGGCCAAGUUUUCCAGCAUCCAGUCCCUAUGUGACCACUGUGGGUGGGACUUCUUUUAAGAACCCCUUCAAAGUCACCUACGAGGUCACUGAUUACAUCAGUGGAGGUGGCUUUAGUAAUGUGUUUGCAAUGCCAGAUUAUCAGGUUGGUGCUGUACAAGCAUAUCUGAAGAAUGUUCAGCCUCUACCUCCUCAGACAUAUUUCAGCAUCACUGGAAGAGCCUAUCCAGAUCUAGCUGCGCUCUCUGAUAACUACUGGGUUGUUACCAACCGUAUACCUGUACCAUGGGUUUCUGGAACUUCGGCAUCAACUCCAGUUGUGGGUGGAAUUCUGUCCCUCAUAAAUGACCAGCGCUUCCUGAAGGGUCUUCCCUCAUUAGGAUUCAUCAACCCUCGCCUUUACAAACUGCAAGGCAAAGGUCUUUUUGAUGUAACAGAGGGAUGUCACCUAAGUUGUCUAGAUGAUAAAGUUGAAGGGAAGGGAUUCUGUGCCUCCCCUUCAUGGGAUCCAGUAACGGGAUGGGGAACACCAAAUUAUCCUGUUUUUCUUAAAGCUCUUAUGGAUUGAGCUGCUGCUUGUGUAGUCAAGUUGCAAAAGAAUCAUCUACUAUUGCACACUUUUUUUUUUUUUUUUUACUCUGAAGCAUCUAAAUGAUGAUGCAUUGUAUAAUCAUAUCAUAACUGUCAAUCAUCCAAGAAUCAUUUUCACAAAACAAUGAUUGUUUCAGUGUAAACUUAACCUUUGAUGGCUAGUUUAUUAACCCACCCACAGUUCUUCUCCCCAUCCAACAGGUUAUACGACUUAAGUUCUUUCACAUGAGGUGAAGGAUUAGGGGCUACGACAGUGUUUAAAAAGCUCCUUUGGUUUGAACUAAAGUGACAA